GACGCAUCGAUGGAAAAAUUGGCAUUGCCGGGCGCCAAGGUUUCAUACUCAAGCCUUCCGGGCGGUAUUAUUUCAGGUUGACCUCCGACAGCAAUUUAUGCUAUUUGUUAGUGAAUUGUUGUUCGUUUUUGUGGUGUAAUAAUCAAAUAAGAAUAUGGGAGACGAGGACGAUUACAUGUCCGAUAUUUUUACAAAUAAUAUUCAAGAACCCAAAGUUUCUCUGAAACCUGGCGUCAGCAAUUCAAGAAAAAGAACUCUUGAAAAACGGAGAGCACAUGAUGUGAACAAAUCUAAACCGAAAAAGGUAAUUGAACUUGAAACGAGAGAAAAGGGGCUCGCAACCGAAAUUGGUCAAGACAAUAAAGGCUUUAAAAUGAUGGCUAUGAUGGGGUAUAAGAAGGGAGAAGGCUUAGGAAAAGGCAAAACAGGUAGAAUAGAACCAGUUCCAAUUUCUGUGAAAGCAAAUCGAACUGGUUUGGGGAAAGACGAAUUGGAAAAGCAGAGAAAAGCUGCACGAAAGAAAAUGGAAACCUUUAUGCUCCAGCAGAGAGCAAAAGUAGAGCAUAAUCGAAGAGAGGAUUUCCGUUUUCGAAUGAGUGAAAAGUUUGCUCUUCAGCUUCUGGAAAAAGACUUGAACAAGAGCCAGAAAGCCUGUCAUACACUUGACUCUGCAGGGGACGUUACAGAACCAGAAAUGUACUUUUAUUGGCCAGAAAUGUGCACCUCACCAGAAGAAGAAGAAGAAAAAGAAGAUCAACACAGUGUAAAUGAGAAGCUAGUUUUGAUCACUGAAUACUUAAGGACUAAAUACUUUUACUGUAUAUGGUGUGCAACAAAAUAUAACGACCUGAACGAUAUAAAAUCCAACUGUCCUGGUGACACAGCAAAUAGUCAUGAUGAUUUUGACUAAUUUAAAAAUAUUUUCUAACCAUCUGUUUUUUCUAUGUGCUAGUGAAGAAUACACCUAUAUAGUUAUUGUUAUAUGCUAACCCCUAAAAGUUAUAGGAAUUGUACAAAAUUACUCUUUUUAUACCUACGUUAUACUGUUGCCAACCAUGUUUGAAUAGAAGAAUGUAACUUACUU